AUGACCGAUAGGUCGAAGAACAUCAAGCUAUUCGGUCCGUUAAAUAUGUAUACAAUAAAAUUUACUUCAGUUGGUAAUUUACCGUAUGAGGUGACGGAAUCGGAAUUGAGAAAUGUGCUUCAAGGCUGUGGCAACAUACGUUUCCUAAUCAUACGAAAAGACAAGCAAACAAACAAGAGUAAAGGAUACGCACACGUUGAAUAUCGUCACGAAUGGGAAGCUGUUGAGGCCUUUAAACGUCUUUUAGGGAAGGAGCUGCGGGGCAGAAUCCUCAAGGUUGACUUUUGUGAGGACGUUAUUCGUAGCCGCCACCCCGACCUGGUUGCAGCUGCUGCUUCCGUCUUUCAGAAUGGUGUAGCCAUCGCCGUAUCGCAAUCUCCGUCUGUUUUUCCAGACUUUGUAUUUGAAACUUCUACACAUGUUAAUCAGACACCAUUUCUCUAUCCGGCAACUCAGCACAUACCCUUCAACAACUCCUCCGUUGAAAUCGCCAUACACCAGGAUGAAUUUGAACAGAAAAGGGGGAGGUGCGACGAAGAAAUGCUGAUUGAUGAGAAAGGCCGCAUUUGUAAUAGAGAGUUGCUGCGUCUUGUCAAGGAAAUGAAUAUGUUUGAUAUAGCGAAAUAUGUUGAAGAAAUAGACCAUAUGAUAUCAAAGUCUCCUAUGAAUACUCGUUAUGUCCUGCAAGGGAAUCCGAAAAUGCAAUCUGCUCUCAUUCAUGCCAAAGUGUUACUUGGGUCGACUUCUCUAGAUCUCACAAGAGCAACGAAAAGUGUACAAGAAUUUGACGUAGCACUGGAUUAUUUUAAUUUCAGUUAA